GAGUUGCAGUGGUGUUCGGAAAUAUGCCCGAAAUCCCGUCUAAAAUAUUGAUGUCGCCACAUUUUGCUGCCAUCACCCGACGCCAUUGAAGGGGACCCCAGUAUCCCGGUUUGCGGCGAUGUGGCCAAAAUUUCGCUGAAUUUCUCCACUAAAAAGCAGAUUCUAAGUGAGACUGCACCACAGUAACUAUGGAGACCCAGGUGCCCCUCCCGGGAGCCCCCCUGGCCGUGCAGACCCAGCCUCCCCCACCACAGCCUCCGCUGCCGUCCGGGAAACAGCUGACUCUGCGGUUCCCGGAGCAGAGCCAGUCACUGGUGCGCAGCAUGCGCGACUUCCAGCAGCACGGGCACUUCUGUGACGUCACCUUCCGUGUGCAGGACGAGCUCUUCAGGUGCCACAAGGUGGUGCUGGCAGCGCGGAGCUCCCUGUUCCAGAGCAUCCUAUCCGACGCUAACCUCCAGCCCAGCGAGGCCAUCCAGCUCGACCUGAUCGGAGCCAACAUCUUCUCCGCACUGCUCAGCUACAUGUACACCACCGAAAUCGUCUUCGUUGACAACGACCGCGAUGCACGCGACCUCCUGUCGGCCGCCAGCCUCCUGCAGCUACAUCCGGUGGUGGAGAAGCUGACCCAGUUCCUGCAGGACAAGAACGCGGCUCUAGAGGCGGAGAGCAGAGCGCUGCUGGCGGGGGAGGGCGGCAGGCAGGUACGUCCAGAGAUGGUAGAUCAGGCGAUCAACACCGACGAAAGCCGCUUGUUUACGGCGGCCCCGCCGCAGGGUGAUGACGUGCACUCACGGAUGUUCAGUGAAAUACUGAGCGGCGGGACCACCAGCAAAGCUGCUGACUCCAGCAAAGAACAGGCAGGAGACCAGCCCUCCACGAGCUCACAGCAGACUGACGUCCCUGAAGUAACGCCCGAUGAUGUGGAAGACGAGGGGGAGGAAUCCGACUUGGAUGCUGGUGCGAUCGAAGACGUCUCAGAGUGGGAACCUGACAGCCCGGUAGCCCCGCCCACAAAACGCAGGCGGGGGAGGCCGCGCAAGGGGGAGUCCCGCGGUAGUGCCAGGCCGAGGAAACGGAAGAGAAAGGAGAAGGGUAUUCCUGACUGGAACCUGUCGAAGGAUCAGCAGGCCUGGGUGAACCAGACCCUGGAGAAGGUGGAGAAGAGGCAGAGGAACUGUCCCGAGUGCGGAAAGGUCUUCAAGAUGCCGCUCGACAUGAGGAAGCACUUGAUACAGAUCCACUCGCCAGAGCCUUUGUUCUGCUGCCAGUACUGCCAGAUGACCUUCCGCACGUGGAUGGGGAUGUCUCGCCAUGAGAAGGGGCAUGAGAAGGAACAGGAGGGCAUAGGUGAAGUCGGUGUGAUAGAGGGAACUCCUGUCACACCCCAGUCAGAGAGAACGAAGCACCAGUUCACAGAAGAGCAGAAGCAGUGGAUCCGGGACACGCUGGAGGAUGUUGGGAAGAGACAGAAGAACUGUCCGUCAUGUGACAAGGUGUUUGACACACCUGCCGCCAUGAGGAAACACUUGCUGCAUGUCCACUCGAAGGAGCCCCUGUUCUCCUGUAACAUCUGCUCAGCAAAGCUGCGUACGAGCAGCGGUCUGCGGCGCCACUCCCAGACCCACAUCCAGAACAAGCAGCACGUCUGUCCCAUGUGUGGCAAAACCUUCAGUCGUAGGGACCAUCUAGUGAAGCAUGUCAGGGUCCAUACAGGAGAGAAGCCGUUUAAAUGCCCUGACUGCGAGCGGCGGUUCCGCACCAAGUGGGAAGUCAUCCAGCACAAACGGUACCAGAUCUGCAACACUCAAGGCCCAUUCAUCUGUAAGCACUGUGGUAUGGAGUGCCGGGGCGCGCCCUCCCUCCGGCUGCACGAGGCUGAACACAACGAGGAGAAGCAGUUCCAGUGUGAGGUCUGUGGGAAAGGCUUUGCCCUGGAGGACAACCUGAAGCGCCACCUGACGGAACACGCAGACAUCCCGUCCGUCCGAGACACCCUGUCCUUCAAGUGCUCGCUCUGUCGCUUCGUCACUACCUCCAAGCAGAACCUGAAACACCACGAGCUGAGGCACAAGGGGGAGCGCGCCUUCCUGUGUGACUUCUGCGGACAGAGCUUCCUCACAGGGACCAAGCUGAAGCGUCACAAGUACAUCCACAAGUCUGAGAUGGAGCGGCCGCAUCACUGCCAGCUGUGCGGGAAGGGCUUCAUCCAGAAGAACCACCUCAAGAGCCACAUGCAGAAGCGCCACCCGGAGUACGGCGGGCGCGGCCCCGUCCCGUUCACAAGCCCGGUGGCCGCCCCCCACCCCCAGCCGACCCACUGCACGCUGUCGGCUACCCUUACCGACGUCCUGACUGUAGACCUGCAGCAGCUGGUCAGCAGCACGCACCACCAGUAAAGCUGGAAAAACUUUCAAAUUGUCUGACUCUGAGGUCACACCAAUACAUUUCCUUGGUUCUUUGAUGUUUGGUUUAAGUUAUUGAUAUUUACAAGGCAUAAAUAAAGGAGUAAAACAGACUAAAACAGCUAAGGCAUGGACAAUUACUUCAAACUUACUGUAUUCACUUUCAAUCCUUAAACUUUUGUGAACCAAUGUAGUGACUUUACCCUCGGACUCUGUUUUCAUGUUCCAGUGCAGCAUGUUUUUCUUUAUUGAGAACCAACGAUUUCAAUUGAUGUGGCCUAAGGAAGCAACCUACUAGUAGUGUAGUGUACAGUGUUGGCUGUCAAGUUUUUGGUGGCCAAAUGGUUGUUAGUUCGGGAAGUUAUUCCAUGUUGACUCCAUGUUGAGGCAGUGUUUUGGCUCAAGGUUGCACGGGUUUACUGUUGCUGAGAGAAGAUAAAUGAUAGGAAUUUGCUCUGGGGAAUUGUAAGAUACUACAUGUAUAUUGCACUGUUAUUUUUUUCUGCAUGGUCAAACUUGAAACACCAUUGUGCCCACUUGGUGACAUUUUGAAUAGAUCCAAGGGAGCUUGCCAGCAUGCAAUUUUUUUUCCUUUUUUUCACAAUUGACAACUUUUUUCGGAAUGGACUGCCAAUAGCAGAACUACAAUGUUGUAUGUGCGUAUUGAAGGACUGGGCAACUAUUCUGCAUGUUUCCUACUAGAAAUUUUGAUAGCUGAAUUUAGAUAGCCAAUGGGAGACUGAUGGCAUUAUUUAUCUGCUUAUUUGGCUCACAUUUUUUUGUCUCUGACAUCACCCAUUGUGAUAAAUUGUAAGAUACUGUACAGAAACGUGAGGCACGAGGAGACUUUAUUUAACAGAAUACAUUACAGCUUCUACAGUAACUUUUGUAUCUAAGUCUAAAGCACUACCAUUUUAUGGUCAUACUUACAAAAAUACAGUAUACAACAUUAGCUCGGAGUCCUCAUAUUUAACAGAAUACUUAACCCCUUCCUCAAUACCGCAAGAACUACCAUUCUAUAGUCAUACUUACAAAUGUAUGUUAUCAAUUAACAGGUACAUGCAUUAUUAGAUGAAAUAAACAUACUGUACAAAUGUAUUUCACAUAAAGACAUCCUCUUUGUGCUAAUUUAAGUUUAGAGUUUUGUGAAAUGACCAUUUCAGAUCAGUUUGAGUUGAUAAAGGGGUUCAUAAAUAAAGUAAUGGAUAUGACACAUUUUCUUUUGAAAAUUUUGGAGGUGGCUUCAGAAAAGUUGCAUUUUUUCCAUGACGAGGUAAGGAAAACGGCAGAAUAGGAAUGAGAAUAUGGAUAAUUAAAAACCUGCUGGAUUUAAGACUGCCAGUCAUAUUCUUUUCACAGGGUUGGAUUAAUGCUAGUUACUGUGGAUUAAUCUUCAUCAUUAGUAUAAAGUAUAUUAAGUUUUAACCCCUUUCCCCUUCCCUGUGCCCUUCACUAAAAAAUAGUGUAGUUGCAGACUUUUUAAGUUUGCAUCAUUCUGAUUCAUCUCUACACCACAAACUCAUCACAUUUGUGAACAUUCAUUAUUGUGUGGCUGCUAUUUCUUCAACUGACAUCUUAACACCACAAACUCUUGAUUUCUUGAGAUAGAUUGUUUUCCAAGAAGUUGCAUUAACAAAUGUGUAAAUGU